AUGUCAGCCGCCUUCUGGGCCCGCAACGUCGACGACUUGGUGGCUUUGGGGUACCGCGUCAUUGCCGUCGACUUGCUCGGGUGGGGUCGUUCGCAGCGCCCAGCUUUUCGAGGGAAGACAGCGGAUGAUGUCGUCGAAUGGUACGUGCCGUCCUUGGCGGGUGCUCUCCAGACGAUGGGCUUGGACAAGUUUGUGCUGGUGGGGCAUUCGUUGGGGGCCUACUUGGCUAUGGAAUACACAAAGAGAAACAUCGCCCGCGUGACGGAUUUGGUGUUGGUGUCUCCCGCGGCGUCGACGAGGGAGGUGUCGUUGAAAAGGGCUGUGUACUUCUCGCUCCCGCCGCAGGCCAUUGUGAGACGCGGUGGCUUGAUGGGUUUCGCGUUCUUCUUUAUGGUUUACCCAAGGAGUGAGUCGUACAUUGCAGACCGACUCAGAGAGUACACAUACCAUCUGGCUGCGCAGGGACCUGCGUCCGGGGAAGAGGCCGUCAGGCCGAUUAUCAGACUGCGUUGGGGUGGCAAGGCCGAGUGUGUGCGACCGUUGGUUGAGCAUCUAGACAGGUUCGAUAUCCCUGUGAGGAUUAUUGUUGGGGAGACAGACUCGAGCAUGCCCGUCGAAAGCGUGCAUGAGCUGUAUAGAGAAAUGAAAAGAAAAGGGUUUAGAGUACAGAUCGACGUGGUGAAGGGCGCCGAUCACUGCCCGCAGAUUGAAAAGCCGGAAGAAUUUUUGCAGAUCGUUUCGGAGCUUGGGGCACCACUCAAGAUGAGAAUGAGAGAUGUUGAGAAAGGGUAG